AACGAACAGCCUCACUCCUAAGGGGACGAGGCACUUGACCAGAAGACUCCGAGGGUCAUUUUGCCAUAGCGAAGAACUUCUAUUGAUUAUUAGUUUGGCUGGUCCAAAGCACAACAACUUCUUCGUUCUUCGACGGUCUAUUUCCCCGCCUGGGCCCUGUGCCACAAUGAACUACUUCCCCAUCCUAUCCGAUCCUACGGUAUCUGAUACCGACACGACCGAAAUUCUCGACACAGACUUUGAGUCUGACUCUUAUGAGAAUUAUUCAGAUGUUUCCCGUUAUCUCAGCGGCCAGUCUCUCGGAACGGAGAGUGUGACGACUGCUUCGACGCCAGAUGAUGUGAAAACCCCCGAUACAACUGGCCUCACGGCAUUCCAUUUCCAGCUCGAUGAAUAUCCUGUCAAGGGUCCUGUAGGACCACACCUCUUCCGUGUUUCCUCUGAAUAUUCGGAGGCGUCCUUUGGCUUCGACUUGACCAUGGAGGAUAUUUCUACCACUGCUACAACUCCGCUCUAUCAAGCCGCUUCCAAGCUUGAGCCCGAGAGAAAAGACACCCCGGUACCGGUCACUGCCGUCGCAACGGAACAGAAGCGGCCUGAGAAGACAACAUCCCUUCCUGUGCCUAAGGAGAGUGAGGUCGCCAAUUGGACGCCCCAGGAUGUCGUUACAUGGCUGCGAAAGCAAAACUUUGACGACUCUGUCGUUGAAAAGCUCUUUGUCAAUGACAUCACUGGCUCGAUUCUUCUUGAACUUCAAGCGGAAGAUCUGAAAGAACUGGAGAUCAAGUCAUUUGGAAAGCGACACCGAUUGUUGGGUUGUAUUCGGGAGCUCCGGGGCAGAGCGGCCUCGGUGGCGUCAGUUGCGUGCGAGUCCCAGUGUACUUUGGAUCCCACAUCAAGGGAAGACACAUCAACCCCACAGACCACUGCCGCUGAGGUUGGUGUUGAUUGCACAAGCCCAAGUACGGACGAUGAUAAGUCCCGAUCAAAGUCUUCACAACAUCGGCGUCGCAGACGUCAAAAACAGCAGAAGGGCACAGAUAUUGUUCCUGAAGACUCGGUCUCCAUUGUCGCCAUAGAGCAGCUGUUGCCAAGACUUCACACUUGCUCUAAGGGCGAGAAUUGCCGCAAAUGGCAAAAGCAACAGGCCAAGCUCGCACGUCUAGCCAAAGGCCUCCCGGUUGAGGGCUUAGGCGGCUCGGUUCUUAUCACUGGUGACCCGGGAAAUCCUGCGACCGCGCAGAAUCUUGUCAAGACACCCAAGUCAGAAGUAACGCCAUCUGUUAUUGCAUCCUCAGAUGCCCUGGGUAAUAACCAUGCUGCCGCAUUGCAGCUAUCCCAGGACAAGCUCGAGGGCGUGAAGCCCCGUGAUCCUCAGGAAAACGUACGGCAAUUUCUAAGCUUUCAGCGCCUCAGUAAGCUGGAACCAGCCUGCGAUCCUGCCACUCCCCCCGGAGAUCACCUCUCUCCUGGAGCUGGCUCGCCUGGAGCCGCAAGAGCAAAUGCUACCCUGUCCGAGAAUCUUCGUCAUCUCCCCAAGCUCCGCAUCCCAAGCCUCAACACCGAUACUAGUUCCAUGUUGUCGCCCAACUACUCUGCUCAACGCACAAUCACCCCUUCGAUCCUACAACGAAGGCAACCGUUUGGUAGACAAAACACAAAGAAAUCUCUUGAGCCCUUGCAAAGAGGGGUGUCACCUUCAGACUUCUACAGAAUUGACCCCCACUAUGCUCAAAGCACGCCUUUGUCUGAGAUGGAUGCCCCAAUUACUGCCAUCCCCAUUGGACCUGUUGCGCGGAACUUUUCUCAGUCCGUUCCACCGGAUAUGAGAUUUGGGGGGGACAUGCACCAUGUACCGGAUGUAAUUCUCCGACCAGCCUCUACUAGGCCCGAGAAUUCGCGGAGACACGCCUUUGUCUCAAAUGGUCAGGAUCUGCCCUACCUAGGAAAACGGUUGCCAUUGCCACCAAUCGAGACUCCCGAGGAUAUGGCGAGGACCCCUCGGGCUGCACACUGCAAGGCUCCCAACGGUGACAAUAGCGUCACCCACAGUGGGUGGAUGAAAAAGCGGAAGACGACACGGUUUCUCCGCCACGAUUGGGAAGAUCACCACUUCACCCUGCGGGGCACACAAUUAGCCAUGUUUCCCGACGAAGAGACCUCACACCGAGACUCCAAGGCUCUUGAGUAUAUCGAUGUGGAUGAUUAUGCUGUGGCUUGCUCGUCCUUUCCAUCCAACUCAAAGCUGACAGCGGCUUUCAAGAAAACCGUUCUGAAGCGCAAAGACACCACUCAGGGAGGAGCCGCCUUCGCAUUCUCUCUAAUCCCAUCACCGACAAACAGCACGUUUGACAAGAAGCUUUUGUUUACCAACGGCCCCAAGGCUCAUCACUUUGCAGUCAAGACACGGGACGAGCGCAUUGACUGGAUGAGAGAGUUGAUGCUUGCCAAAGCGCUGCGGAAAAGCCGCGAAGGCGGCUCAUCUAUCAACCACAAUGGAAAUUUCAUCUAAACGAUGUAUUCGAACAAGCUGCAG